AUGGUGCUCCCACAGAAUAUCGCUAGCGUGCUAAGUGGAGCAUGGCAACUUCUCAACAACACCUCCACCUAUCUGAAUGGCACGAACAACCCCGCCGGCUCAAUGGGCCACGCCUCUGUUGGUCUCUUGAUCUACCACCCCCUAGGUUACAUGUCCGCAAACCUCGCCUCCACGGACCCAGCCGACACCCCACCCGCAAACCACACCGAACUUACUGAUGCCGACUUUGCGCUUAUCGGGAGGCACUCGUUGAACUACGCAGGCGAACUGCACGUAUGGGAAGGAAGUAAUGAAACGGUGGGAACACUGACGCAUGGUCCGUUAACGACCUCGAGUCGGCCGAGUUGGUUGAAGACGAACCAGACGAGGAAUUAUAUUGUGUCUAAGAAUAAUUUCGAGGGUAGGGAUGUGCUACACCUGUGGCUGAGGGAUGAGAAGCAGGAUAAUAUUGCGAAUAUCAUAUGGGCGAGAGCUAAGGCGGAUUGUUGAUUUUCUGCGAUCGCCAUAACUUUAAAAGUCUACUGUAAGAGCGAGGAGAAUUGAAGCACAGUAAAAAUCACCUUUGUUACCUCCCGACCCGUGCGUCCCGCUACAGAUAUGAUAGGAUUUGUAGUCCUCAUACCAUAUGCUUCAUCCCAUUUUUCUCACGUCUUCAACGCGCUCAGUGCCGAUAUCUUUCUCUUUCACCAGUUCUAAGCCCUUGUUGUUCGCGAUGACUUCCUCCUCAGUCAGGAUUGGCCUGCCUCGAAGUUGCGCCCAGACUGCCUUAUGCAUCGGCCUCAUAAAGAGCGCAUCCAUUUCUUCAAGCGAGAUGCCUUUCGUUUCGGGGACAAAGAAGAAGCUCCAAAUGCCCAUGGCAACCAAGAUGGAAGCGAAGA